AUGGCCUGCGUCGACAUCCCGGCAAUGCACCCCAGUCAUCGGUUGCUGGAACAGCCUCUGGACAUUCUCUUGUACAUGCUGCUGAAGAUAGUAGAAUUUGAAUAUGGCGGCUUUUCCGCCGAGGUGUCCAAGGAGGAGCAGGAUAUUCGGCAAUACUAUUUCAGGAAGAAACAAUAUCUGGUUGAUGAACUGACCAAAACAAUCAUAGACAUGAAUGUCAGGACAAGGAUUGAGAAAAUCAAGGGCAGGAUCAAAGAUAUCGACAAGCAGGUGGGACUGGACAUGGAAGGCCAAAGCCCCUCCACCCAAUCAUUACGCCUGCUCCUUGUAGCCCUGCGCUUAUCGCCAUUGUAUGAUUGGUGGGGGCGAAUAAUCCUCAAUCAAGGCGAAGUAAGGGACAAGGCCAGAUCUGUAUCAGGCAUAUCUGAUGAGGAGGAGAUCAUCAAGAAAACGGCUCAGGAGCUUGGGGACCUGUUUGGGGGGUAUGCAUUAUGCCUGCAUCAUGCCCAGUAUGAGCGCAUCCUGCGGGAGGUGUUCCCGUCGGCCAGCAGCAGCAACUCAGCAGGCCUGUUGCCACAGACAGGAGCAGGAGGCGAAGAGGACGACAACAAAAUACCUCUAGAUAUGGGCAAACUGGGUGCUCAACUGACGGAGAAGAUGGAUGAGAUAGCCAAGAAGAUUGAAGAGCAACUUGAGAUCAAAUGGGCGGUGGACAGGAUUGAAGAGUUGGUACGAACGAAGCGGACCCUGCUUAUCCUCCAUAAUGAUCAAAACUAUGCAAGAAGAUGGGAGGAGACUAGAAAUGCUUUGAGCCUGGUGCGUUGUGCUGCCGGCAGUGCAAUGAUGGUGAUCACCACAAAGAGUACCCAAAAGGCCACCCAAGAUUUCUGCUAUCCACCGCACAAGCCCAUAGUCUAUUCUCUUGCUGAUCUCUACCAAUACCAUGAUAUUGUGCUCAAGCUUAUAAGGCAGCGGCAGCAGCACGAGAACGAUGAAGGCGGCAACUACAAUCCUCAGAUUUUCCGCGACAUCCUGGAAAAGUGUCAACCACAUGAAUUCUGCAUGAAGAUGUUCGCUCAUGCUCUGUAUGCGAAUCCUAAUAGGAGGUACCAAGAACUUCGCAUGCUACAUGGCGCCCCGGUUUCGCAAACAACAUUGGGCCGCAAUGCUGAGAAGAUGUUCAUGUUCUCUUACAAGGAUCUGCCCAAAGAAUACAAGAGUUGCUUGUUGUACCUGGCUAUCUUCCCUCAAGGUCAAAGCAUCAGACGGUCAACCUUAGUAGGAAGGUGGAUUACAGAAGGAUUGAUAGACAACGAAGACUGGCCCAGUGCAGUGUGUCAAGCCGAGCUGUGUUUUGAUGGGCUCAUCGACCGGUGGUUUGUUUCGCCGGUGGAAAUUGGUGCUGCGGGAAAGGUCAAGAGUUGCAUGGUGGCUAGUCAAGUUCACAAAUUCAUCAGCAAGCUCGCCAAGGAAGAGCACAUCAUGGAGACACGCCUAUGA